AUGAAAUAUGUUAUUCUUGCAACUAAAUUGAUUCAUUUUCAAUAAAAUUAUCCAAGAUCAAAUUAUGGGGGUGCCUUUUGUUACGUGAUUUCAUAAGAUUCAUAAUGUCUGGUUAUAAGGAAUAUAUUUUUUUAAGUUUUUUUUCUGCUCUUAAAAUUUGAAUGCAUCAGUUCUCUUGUCAAGCAUUUUAUUUGGAUGUUGAUGGAGGUCGUCAAUAAGUAACGAUUAUCUCAAAAAGUGGCUCGUUGUUAAUAAAAGUACAUAUUGUAUUAAGAAUUUAAAAAGACAUCACAAAAUGACUAGUAAAUGGUGUACUUGCCAGCCGGGUCGAUGGACACAAUACUACACUUUGGUAAAUAAAUCAAUGAAAAUGAAGAAUUGUAUACACUGGAUUUGGAAAAUCCUGAAACACAAAUAAAAGUGUCUUUUCUCUUGAAUCAGGAAGAUAAUUACGAACUGUAAAACCAAUUAAGAGGAAAGCAAGUUUUCUUUCGCUCUUAAAAUCCUCGAAUAUUGGCUUAGAUAGCACCAGGGAUCUGUAAAAUAAGAUACUUAUAUUAGAACUGA